GUUUAAACUAAUGAAUUUUGAUGAGGAUUGUUAUAUUAUGCUAAUUGCAUUCCGAAGCGGCGCGGACAUCGACUCUAGGGAGUUUUAAGUUAUAUAUUGGGGCUGUGAUGGGGAGCGGAAUAAGACAUUCUGACAGUUACAAUGAAAAUACUAUUGAAUAUUGUAGACACAGAUGUAUUAAUAAUGUUCAUGGACUAGCUAUCUGUUUAUGUGCACAACCUCAUCAUUCUGUGUCGCUGUUGGGGUCUUAGUGACGUCAUGUGUACACACAUACCCCCAUCCUCAGAACUUCAUGUUGACAACUAUGCAAAGAUGUUGCAAAUGUAAAAAUCGUAUAAAAUAUUGCUCUUUGGCGAUUGCUGCGACCAGGUUGUUUUCGUCUGGACCAGUCAAGAACCCAGUCGUGUAUUUUGACAUCGCAGCUGACAACGAACCUCUGGGACGAAUCAUCAUAGAGUUGAAUGCAGCUGCUGUGCCCAAAACAGCAGAGAACUUUAGAGCACUGUGCACUGGGGAACAUGGCUUUGGAUACAAAGGAUCAGUGUUCCACAGAGUGAUUCCUGAGUUCAUGUGUCAGGGAGGAGAUUUCACGCAUCACAACGGGACUGGAGGGAAGUCCAUAUAUGGGUCCAAGUUCAAAGACGAGAACUUCAAACUGAAACACACUGGGCCAGGUAUCUUAUCCAUGGCAAAUUCAGGGGCAAACACGAACGGUUCUCAGUUCUUCAUCUGCACAGUUAAAACUGAAUGGUUGAAUGAUAAACACGUGGUCUUUGGUCAGGUGAAGGAUGGCAUGGACGUAGUCUUCAAGAUGGAAUCCUUUGGUUGUCAUGACGGUGGUGUGGUAAAGAAAAUCGCCAUCACGGACUGUGGGGAGAUCAAGUAAAACACACGCAGACACACAGGUUGGAGAAUGUCGCUAUGGAUAGAGACUGUUGGAAACGUCCGAUUCUAUUUGUUUAUUUUAGCUCUUCUGUUUUCCUCACCCAAUUAAAGAAUGACAACCACAAAUACACCAGCUGUCUCUCAUACAUGUAGUCUCAUUGUCUUUGGACAAUGUGUUCUCCCCUCACACACACACUUCCUUUAUAGCAUUUAUACUGUCUGUAGAGUGAUCUGUACGAACUCUCAUGACAACUUCUCAUGUUCAUAGCCUGUGCUUUAUACGUUCAAGAGUUGUUGUAUGGUAGAGGUUUGGACUUUGGACUAGCUCAACACUGGUACUAACAUACCUCUAAAAUGGGUGCUUUUGAUCCUAGAUGUCACUGUAAUAUUUUUGUAAAGAAAAUAAUCUAUAAACUAUUUAUGGCGUGUAUGAUGGACCUGACACCUUUAGAAUGUAUAAAAUAAUGUUGUACAUUUACUGCCAAAUAAAUCUAUGUUUUUAGAUUUUA